AUGGGCAAAGAAGUAGGCACUGUGGACAAUGACGAGGGCGCCGACGACGAGAGAAAAAGCGGGCGGGAAAGGAGGGAUGGGCGGCAUCUUAUGGUAGAUCUACUCUCCCACACAAUUUGGGAAAUUGAAGAUCAAGAUGAAAGCUCAGGCAAUCGUGUGCUGAAGAUCGUCACCGAGAUGUCGUCAUCGUCCGUGGCCAGCGGUCUGUCCCCUUACGGUCAGAAUGCGGCUUCCACAAUUCGAGAUGCUCGUGAACGAGAGAAGAAAGAAAUGAGCGAUCUCAAUGAUAAACUGGCCAGCUACAUCGAGAAGGUACGCUUCCUCGAAGCUCAAAAUCGUAAACUCGGUGCCGAUCUUGAUAUGCUUCGUAAUCGUUGGGGAAAAGAUACCAGCAGUAUUCGUAGCAUGUAUGAAGGAGAGAUGAGUCAAGCUAAGAAGGUGAUCGCUCAAACUGGCAAGGAAAAAGAUGAUUUGGAAAAGGAAAUCCGCAAACUUCAAGAUGAACUCAAUGAAUUCCGCCGAAAAUUUGAAGAGGCGACAAAAGCUCGCUUGGGGGACCGUGAAAAAAUCGAUGAACUCCUUGUGAAGCUNGAAAAAGAUGAUUUGGAAAAGGAAAUCCGCAAACUUCAAGAUGAACUCAAUGAAUUCCGCCGAAAAUUUGAAGAGGCGACAAAAGCUCGCUUGGGGGACCGUGAAAAAAUCGAUGAACUCCUUGUGAAGCUGUCGAAUAUCGAAGCCGAAAUUAAUCUUCUAAAACGAAGAAUUGCACUUCUUGAAGAGGAAAUUUCUCGUCUGAAAAAAGAGAAUAUGCGUUUAAUGGCCGAACUUCAACGAGCACGUACAGAUCUCGACCAGGAGACACUGAAUCGCAUUGACUAUCAAAAUCAGGUCGCUACCCUGCUUGAAGAAAUCGACUUCAUCAACAGAGUUCACGAUCAGGAGAUUAAAGAACUGCAAGCCAUGGCUGCUCGUGAUACCACCAGCGAAAAUCGUGAAUUCUUCAAGAAUGAACUCGCAUCAGCCAUCCGAGACAUCAGAAAUGAGUAUGACCAGAUGAUGAACACCAACCGUAACGACAUGGAGUCCUGGUACAAACUGAAAGUGCAGGAGAUUCAGACCCAAAGCGCCCGUCAGAAUAUGGAACAGGGCUACCAGAAGGACGAGGUGAAACGCCUGCGCACUCAGCUCACCGACCUCCGUGGAAAACUGGCCGAUCUCGAAGGCAGAAAUGCACUGCUUGAGAAGCAGAUCCAGGAGUUGAACUACCAGUUGGAGGAUGACCAGAGAUCAUACGAAGCGGCUCUGAAUGAUCGUGAUGCUCAGAUCCGUAAGAUGCGAGAAGAAUGUCAAGCUCUCAUGGUUGAACUCCAAAUGCUGCUCGACACUAAGCAGACUCUCGAUGCUGAAAUCGCCAUCUACCGUAAGAUGCUUGAAGGCGAAGGAGACGGUCCAGGACUCCGCCAGCUUGUUGAGCAAGUGGUCCGAACCACCGGAAUCAAUGAAGUUGCUGACACUGAGACAAUGCGCGUUGUCAAGGGUGAAACUUCCAGCCGUACAUCAUAUACCCGCUCAGCCAAAGGAAAUGUCUCCAUCCAGGAUCCUUCACCAGAUGGCAAGUAUGUGGUACUCGAGAAUACCCAUCGCUCCAAAGAAGAACCCAUUGGUGAAUGGAAACUCAAGAGGAAGAUAGACGGAAAGCGCGAGAUCGUCUAUACCUUCCCUUCAGAGUUUAUACUCAGAGGCGGAAAGAGUGUGAAGAUCUGGGCACGUGGUCAAGGCGGAGUGCACAAUCCUCCCGAAUCGCUUAUCUUCGACGGUGAAGAGUCGUUCGGUAUCGGUUCGAACGUGCAGACCAUCCUCUACAACAAAGAGGGCGAAGAUGCUUCACAAGAUGGCAAAUACGUGACACUUGAAAACACUCACCGCUCCAGAGAUGAACCGAUUGGAGGGUGGAAACUCAAGAGAAAAAUAGACGGAAAACACGAAAUCGUCUACACCUUCCCUCCGGACUUUGUACUCAAAGGAGGAAAAAGUGUAAAAAUCUGGGCACGAGGACAAGGUGGAGUGCACAAUCCUCCCGAAUCGAUUAUAUUCGAUGCUGAAGAAUCGUUUGGUGUUGGUUCGAAUAUGCAGACAUUUCUCUAUAACAAAAAUGGAGAUGUAGGCAUUUUUUAUUUUGGUUUGUUCCUAAUUCAAAAUUCGGGCAUGUUCCUAACGCGGUUCGGACCCCUGGUAGAUACUAAGGUAUCGGAAAAGGCCUUACCCGAGCCCCUUUUGGGAUCAUGGAUUGUUUGA